AAAUUUUAUUUUCUUCAUUUCUCGUUGGAGUUUUGCCUGAAAAAGCCAAACACCUUCGAGAAAAACCGAAAAUUUCUUUAAACAUAGAAAAGAAAAGGCGUAUUUUCUCGGAUAAUUAAUGGGAAGAGCGUUUGUGUAUGUAAUUCUUGGAGGAGGUGUAGCAGCUGGAUAUGCAGCUCUUGAAUUUACGAGAAAAGGGGUUUCUCCUGGUGAACUUUGCAUUAUUUCUGAAGAACCUGUUGCCCCAUAUGAGAGGCCUGCUUUAAGCAAAGGCUUUUUACUUCCCGAAUCUCCUGCUCGCCUUCCAUCAUUCCACACAUGCGUUGGUGCUAAUGAGGAAAGGUUAACUCCUAAAUGGUACAAGGAACAUGGGAUUGAAUUGGUCCUUGGAACUCGAGUUAAGUCUGUUGAUGUCAGACGUAAGAAGCUAUUGACAGCAACAGGAGAGACGAUAAGUUACAAGAUCCUUCUCAUUGCCACAGGAGCUCGGGCUUUGAAGCUUGAAGAAUUUGGAGUGGAUGGAUCAGAAGCUGAAAAUGUAUGUUACUUACGAGAUUUAGCAGAUGCAAACGGUCUUGUUAAUGUGAUGCAAUCUUGUUCCAGUGGAAACGCUGUAGUAAUUGGUGGUGGGUACAUUGGAAUGGAAUGCGCAGCAUCUUUGGCGAUCAAUAAAAUAAAUGUAACCUUGGUUUUUCCCGAAGUACAUUGUAUGGCUCGAUUGUUUACACCGAAGAUUGCAAACUAUUAUGAGGAAUAUUAUCAAGCUAAAGGAGUUAAGUUCGUCAAAGGAACUGUCUUGACGUCGUUUGAAUUUGAUUCUAGUGGAAAGGUUAUGGCUGUUAAUCUUAGAGAUGGAAGUCAGCUACCUGCAGACUUGGUCGUGGUUGGAAUCGGAAUACGCCCAAACACGAGCCUUUUUGAAGGCCAACUAACACUUGAAAAAGGUGGGAUCAAGGUGAAUGGGAAGAUGCAAACAAGCAACGACUCAGUUUAUGCAGUUGGAGAUGUUGCAGCAUUUCCAGUCAAACUAUUUGGUGAAACUCGCAGACUGGAGCAUGUUGAUUCAGCCCGAAAAUCUGCUAAACAUGCUGUUGCUGCCAUAAUGGAACCCAAGAAAUCAGGCGAGUUUGACUACCUCCCAUUCUUCUAUUCCAGAGUCUUUGGAUUGUCUUGGCAGUUUUACGGGGACAAUGUAGGAGAGGCAGUACAUUUCGGGGAUUACUUGAGUGGUACCUUUGGGGCUUACUGGAUAAGCAAGGGUCAUCUUGUUGGGUCUUUCCUUGAAGGGGGAACCAAAGAGGAGUACGAAGCCAUAGCGAAAGCCACAAGUCUCAAACCGCCGGUUGAAGAUCUGGCUGAGUUGGGACAGCAGGGCCUAAACUUCGCAUUGACAAUUAGCAAGAAACCACAGCCGGCACUACCCAUUGAAGUCAGCCAUUCUACUUCUGGCCUUGUUUUGGAAAAACCGAUGUAUGCUUGGUAUGCGGCAGCGGGAGUUGUUCUGGCAGCAUCAAUAGCUGGAUUUGCAUAUUGGUACGGGAGGAGACGUCGAAGGUGGUGAGAAAUCAUCAUCCAUGUAAAACACCAUUGUUGUAGCAGUGAUACAAUAAAAGUGUUGUUGAAAUACUGGAUAUGUGAUGAUUUGUCGUCGAACUCACUCGAUAGCUCAAAAUUAGUAUUACUCAAUACAACAUCAUAUUUUCCAUCAAAA